AUGGAGCAUGAGAUAGGCUGGCCGAUACUGCAUUCUGUAAAAUCGCGUGAUAAGAGACUGUCCAAAGGCCCUCUGGUGGAUGGAUUUUGCGUGUUAGAAAACAAUGAGAAAGUCGUACUGCAAUCCCACGGGUAUUAUUGGCAUGGUUGUGUUCGCUGCUACACUGAUGGUCGUGAUUUGCCAAUCGUUAAUGGCGAGAGUAUGGACGAGCGGUACGAGAGAACACUUAGAGUUUCGGGGAAGAUAAGGAGACACAGGUAUCGUCUCAUUGAGAAGAGGGAGUGUGAUUUUGAUCGCGAGUACAGCGAGAACGAGCAGAUGAUGACGUAUAUAAAAGAGGUCACAAAAGACUGGCAUACACCACUUAAUCCGCCAGAUGCAUUUUUCGGUGGUCGCACGGGUAACACGAUAAAAUCAUACAAUAUUUGCAAGAAUGAAAAAAUUAAAUACGUCGAUGUAUGUUCAUUAUACCGUACAUUUGCAAAUGCAGGUCGCUAUCCUGUCGGUGAUCCGAAACUUUAUGUGGGCGAGGUUGAGUGUGCGCGUAUAGUUGGCCCCGACAACAACAUCAGCCAGAUUGACGGUCUGCUAAUGUGCGAGGUGUUACCGCUGAGAAAUCUUUAUCUUCCUAUUCUGCCCGUAAAAAUGCAUAAUAAGCUACUAUUUCCGCUAUGUAGAUCGUAUGCUGCGUCCAUGUGUCAGGAAGACUGUAAACACGAAGUCGUGAACGCGCGCAUUUUUGUCGGUACCUGGGUAGCCGACGAGCUUAGAAAUGCCUGA